AUGGAUAUGGACAUGCCACCCCCAGAUCCGACUAUCGUGAACCUACCAUUGUCGGAUCCCAGAUGCAAUGUGUCCGACUGUCUCGCAUUCGCGGCUGCCGCCGCUGAGUCUCAAGCGAAAAUACCUUGGGCAGACGGAUUCAAGUACGGCCGUUGGGCGACAUACUACUACCUUGCCAUCACCGGGUUGUUCAUACUCAGCUACGCAUACCACAAGUAUCAAGAUCGAAAAGCGACUGUGUCACGAUUGUCAGACGCCCAAGCACCUGGGCUGAGGCAAAAACUACUCGCAGUAGGCCGGUGGCUGGCCUAUCGACGCAUUGAGUUCCCUGGGUCGAGCGUGUUCGAGAUUCCAUCGUUCGGGGUAGUCUCACUUCUUCUCGCGACGGUCGUGUUCUUGGCCGCUCUUACCUUCGCCGCACGCCCAUACUAUCGAAAGCACGUCCACUACGGCUCGCCUCCCAUUGCUACCAGGACGGGCCUCAUGGCUUACGCGUGUACGCCAAUUUUGAUUGCUUUGGCAGGAAAAGCGAACGUCAUAACCCUGAUAACGGGCAUCAGCCAUGAGAAGCUAAAUGUGAUUCAUCGCUGGGUGGGAUGGUUCACGUUAGUCUUGAGCUUGGUUCACACCAUUCCAUUCUUCUAUCAACCUGGACAGGAUCAUGGAUAUACCACUCUGAAUGCUGAGUGGUCUGUACGUAUGGGUGGCGAUAUGUAUAGCGGUGUGCCACCACUAGCAAUGCUCGUUGGACUUGUCUUCCUUUCCAUACAACCCAUCCGCCAAUGGGUGUACGAGACGUUCUACUUCUCCCACGUUCUGAUGGCCAUCACCUAUCUGGGCCUUCUCUUUUGGCACGCCGCAAACUUGGGAGACUCCUGGGCAUAUCUAUGGGCUACACUGGCGCUGUGGCUAGCCUCAUGGCUUGCAAGGCUGUUCUGGUACACCAGACCGAUGAACAUCCGGAAUGAAUGGUUCCAAGGAGCCACCACCCUGCUUACUCAUUUACCGGGUGGAAUGACCAAGAUCGAAGUGUUGAACCCACCCGAUGGAUUCACAUGGACGCCAUCGCAGCAUUGCUUCCUCCGAUUUCCAAGAAUCAGUCUUUUGGACAACCAUCCAUUUACGAUUGUUUCCGGCCCGUUGCCUGCACCUUCGAGGAGGAACAAUGUCAAGCAGCGAGGGGAGAAAGUCGGCGACGUGUUUCAAAUUCCUCACAAACAAGUACCCCUGACCUUCUUGGCUCGGACGCAUUCAGGAUUCACACGCCGCUUGGAUUCCUUCAGCGCGAAGCACGCCGAUAAUGCCCUGGAAGUCUGGAUUGACGGGCCAUACGGCGGGCUCGGCAGGCCAAUCGAGAGACUCUAUGACCACCUUGUGCUCGUCGCCGGAGGGUCAGGCAUCACAGUCUGUCUCCCCUGGCUAACAUCCAUCAUGGCCGCGGAACCCUCGGAGAUCAGAGUCGAACGCAUCUCGCUGGUUUGGGCCGUGAAGCACCAGGAGCAUCUCGACUGGGCGAGGGAUUGGUUGACUGGCGUGAAGGAGAAACUGGCGCAGAGAGUGGAAGGAUCGAGAUUAGAGAUCAACUCGAGGUUCUACGUUACGCAGGAGGCCAUCGAGGAGAAACCCAUCACCACGACACACCUACAAGAUUCUAAAUCACGGCCCAUGCCACAGAGCAAAGAAAUCGACGACGAAAUCCACAAGAGCCCUUCACCUUCCUCGACCAUCGACGACCCCACCACCGCCACCACCAACCAAAACACAUCUCCCUCCGCAACACAGCAGCUUAGCAGCACACCAAUCUUCGAGCCCCUGGAUCUGCACAGCGGCCGUCCGGACAUGGCAACAAUCGUGCGCGACGAGAUAGCUCGCUCCGCCAGCAACAACAAGAAACUCUUCUUCGUGGGCUGCGGGCCCGGGAGCAUGCGGAACGAGCUUGGAAACGCUGUCGCGCGCGCUCAGACCGGUGUCAUGAAGGGUGAUGUUGCGGAGGUGGCGUUGCAUUUGGAGGCUUUUGGUUGGUGA